CAACAACUCGAGUUAUUGGGAUCAACUCGUUUAUGACAUAGUAUCAGAGCUGGUUUGGCCAAGUGGUCGUGUGUUCGAAUCUCCACGACCCCCCCAAUAUAACACUUAAUUAAAGCACAAGGUAUUGUGGGCCUGUGCAAACUUCAAGCAGUCAUGGGUUGGCUUUUCGUUUGAGGGGGGCGUGUUAGAGAGUGCUAUAAGAUCCAACAUAACAUUCUCACAACAGCUCGAGUAUUUGGGAUCAACUGGCCGGUUUAUGACAUGCAAUAGAUGAAGCAUGAAACGUAAGUCGCAAUGUCUACAAUCUUAAUCUUCGGUUAGUAGAUAACAAGUUUUUUUUUUGUUAAUAAAAUAAAUAUCAAGUUAUUAGAUGGAUUUUAGCUUGUAUGAAAAAUUCUCAUUUUGUAUAUGGUUAUUCUCAUCCACAAAGUAAUUAAAAAUCCUUCACACCAAGAUUUUAAAACAAACAACUUAUUGAUACCGUAUUUCAAUUAGGUUUAUCAUUGUCAUUUGUCAACUUCUAUAUGCUAGUGCUAGGUCAACCAAGGAAAAACCCCAACCACAAAUCACAACUCUCAUCAUCCGCCCAAAAAAGCUAGGUUCAGCUAGAGACCUUCGCAGGUUCGGGCGGGUUGCCCUUAGCAUUUACCGUGAUGUAUUGGGCCUGCGCAGCAUAAAUCGGGCUUCUCACCUAUUUCCUAGCCCGGAAAACCAUCGGCCCAAUUAAACAGCCCACUACGCUUGGGAAUAGCCAGCCUCGCAACUGUUCUUGUUGAAACUAGGGUUUAGGGGGAGGUUAUAUUCCGAUUCCUCUAUAACGGCGAGUUGCAGAGCUUUCUUCAAUCUUCACUCAUCUUUCAAUUAGCAUUUACCGUGAUGUGGUUAACUACCAUCUGAUUGGGCCUGCACAGUAUAAAUCGGGCUUCUCACCUAUUUCCUAGCCCGGAAAACCAUCGGCCCAAUUAAACAGCCCACUACGCUGGGGAAUAGCCAGCCUCGCAGCUGUUCUUGUUGAAACUAGGGUUUAGGGGGAGGUUAUAUUCCGAUUCCUCUCUAACGGCGAGUUGCAGAGCUUUCUUCACUCAUCUUUCGGUUUUCGCUGGUAACGUCCCGCUUGUUCCCUUAACCUACCUCAUCUCCUUCGUUUUCCCAGUUCGAUUCUGCGUCUUCUUCGCUUCUUCUGAAUUGUGGAUUUCUGUCCUUGAUCUUCAUUCCCGCCAUUUCCUUUACCAUUGUUUCAACGCAAUUCUUCUAAUUUGUCCAAUCGCUGCUCUAUUGUCUUGCAGGCAGUGAAGGAUCCGGAACCAUGAGUAAGCUUCAGAGUGAUGCGCUGAGGGAGGCCAUCUCUACCAUCAGGACUAGAUCGGCAGAGAAGCCACGCAAGUUCACCGAGACUGUUGAGCUUCAGAUUGGGCUGAAAAACUAUGAUCCUCAGAAGGAUAAGCGUUUCAGUGGGUCUGUUAAGUUGCCACACAUCCCCCGUCCCAAGAUGAAGGUGUGCAUGCUUGGAGAUGCCCAGCAUGUUGAAGAGGCAAAGGCACUGAAUCUGGAAUACAUGGAAGUGGAGAGCUUGAAGAAGCUCAACAAGAACAAGAAGUUGGUGAAGAAGCUUGCUAAGUCAUACCAUGCAUUUUUGGCCUCUGAAUCUGUUAUCAAGCAAAUUCCUCGUCUUCUGGGCCCUGGCCUGAACAAGGCAGGAAAGUUCCCUACCCUCGUCUCCCAUCAAGAAUCCCUGGAGGCUAAAGUGAACGAGGUCAAGGCAACAGUGAAGUUCCAGCUGAAGAAAGUUUUGUGCAUGGGUGUCGCUGUUGGAAACUUGGACAUGGACGAUAAGCAAGUGUUCCAGAACGUUCAGAUGAGCAUCAACUUCCUUGUCUCCCUGUUGAAGAAGAACUGGCAGAAUGUUAAAGUGUUGAACUUGAAGACUACGAUGGGCACUCCCGUGAGAAUCUUCUGAGCAGGCGCCGCCGGGUUCUGGUCUCUUUAGGAUUUUGCUUUGUUUGGGGGGUUGUGUAUGAGUUGAAUGAACAAUAUAGGCUGUGCGCAAUUAUAUCAGACAGUGCAGAUGGUUUGGACUUGCAGUUCGUUAAGAAAUUGUCUUUCUCUUCUACAUUGUUAACUUUAGUGCAAACACUUUUAGGGAAGAUACUGCAGAUUGCAGAAGGGGAAGUCUGAUUCUUCUUCCUCGUAUUUUGCCUUGCAUUUAAAGUUUCUCUCUUUUUGUAUGGUUCCUAGACUUCUAUUAUUGCUUGGCCGUUGCCAUUUGAAUAGCUUGCUACGAGGUAUGUUACAAUUAGGGCUCGUUUGGAACCUCCGAUUUCAGAUGUUAUAUUAUCAAUAUACAUGUAUCUUGAGAAUACAACGUUUUUUGACUUGAUGUAAUAACAGAAAGCAUGUAUUCAUAAUACAUGUUGUAUUCCUAAUACAUUGAGAAUGAUGUA